UCCCUUUCUUACUGCAGUUCGUUACAGUCACGUGUGACGUCUAGGUUUAUCGUUCUUGAGGUUAUUUUAUUGUUAGAUAAUACUUCAUAGCUAACAUGGACAGCUUUGGUUCGGAUUUUUCAUCAGGUGCCGGAUCCGGUAAGAUGGACACCGGAACGAUAAUGGAACAAGUCAAAGUACAGAUUGCAGUCGCGAACGCACAGGAGCUUUUACAGAGAAUGACUGAUAAAUGCUUCAAGAAGUGCAUUGGCAAACCAGGAAGCACACUGGAUAACUCUGAACAGAAAUGCAUAGCCAUGUGCAUGGAUCGGUACAUGGAUGCGUGGAACACUGUGUCCCGGGCCUACAAUUCCAGACUGCAGAGGGAAAGGGCACGGAUCUAAGCCAUCACCACCCUGUCCUUCCACAGUCCCAUGAAUUCCUUACACAAAAGUAGUUCACUAAGGCAGCUAACGAAGCGAAAGAGUCACCCGCAAAACCCUCCACACCAACUCCCUCUGACAGGUCUUCACUAGUACCUCAAAGCUGCUGAUGUGAACUGCAGACAUUUUGAAAGAAUAACAAGGAUUCUUCAGUCCUGUGUCAUGUUUCCCUUUCUUGUAAAGGAACAAGGGUCAUAAACGAUAAAUUUGGAGCUGAAGGGAAUAAUUCUGAUCAUUGUUAUACUGUGCCUCAGUGGCAGAUAAGUUUGCACCCCUCUGGACUUGCCUGCUCAUUGUUACUGCGCUGCGAAUGUGAAGCCAUGUGCUGCCAUGCAGUCUGUAUUCUGUAGUCUCAGGCUGUAUAUUGAGAAAACGCCUCCUCCCUUAGGGGAGGGAGUGAGGGGAUGAACUGGGUUAUCUUACCAUCUCUACUCUACAAACCCAGUUUCAUUCAAGGGGAAAUUUUAUGCACAACUUUGUGUUUUCAUAAGCGUGACCUCAAAACCCAAUCCUACAAACAUAGCUAUAUCAGGAUACGCGUGGGGAACAAAACAUCAUUGUCAGAUUCGUUUUUUUGUUUGUCACACUAUCUGCCAACCACAGUAGUGAGUCUGUUUUCCCAGUGUCCUCUGUGGCUAAAGACUUUGGACUGAAACCAGCCUGCUUUGUGUGCGUGGUAUGUCAGUGCUCUGGGAACCUCUUUCCCUCGUUCACCUGAUUGACUUAUAGUGGGACUGCUGAAGGCACAGUCUAUGAGUGCAGUGCAGGGAGACAGUGGUCUUGUUCGUACUGUGUGGUUGCAGAUGUAUUUUUAAAACUAUGCUAAUUAAACCCGGGUGUUCUGUAUUCUCCUGUCAACUUUGAUUUAGCAUUUGUUGUUUAAAACCACCCCUGGAACCUGCAAUGACCUGCCGCAGUCAGAACGGUAGUGGAAUGACAGGUUUUAUGGAAGAAAGUGCAAGAAGGACAAGGAUAGAUAAUUACAAACUGUGUAGGGGCUUCUAAAUAAAGGCCCUUUUAUUCUGUAACCCCAACACAUGGAAUAAAAAUAUUUCAUCAUGUACACACAGCAGUGACACAGACUCUGUGUCUUUAGUAAAUGUGUCCACAAGCUGUUCACACAAUUGUUUCCUCAUUUGAGUUCCGAGUUGGAGACUGACGCACAGACUAGCACACACACUCUACGUGAUGAGGUAAUGUCUGACAGAGAUGAGAGAUUUUGAUAUUUAACAGAGUCCAGUGUUUUUCUUUGGAGCAAUAAUGUAUAAAAGUACAUAAUUCGUAUCAUGCUAUUUCAACAUUUUUCAUCAAUAAAUA